GCGUCACCACUUUCAUUCACUCUAUUUAAACAACCUGAAGCACAAGCGCCAACGGAAUCACUUCAUCUCAUCGGCGGACAAGAACGAAACCGUGGAUUAAUACUGCGCACUGACCAAACUUUAAAGUCAAAAUGACAAAGUUGCAGUCUUCACCACCAAACGAGAAGAUGAGUCUUAGUGCCAGUGAACUGACUGAAUUCUUCACCAUGUGGGAAGAAUUAAACUUCACAGACGCCAGUGACAACAACUCGGCGGUGGAAAUGCAAAUGUGCCCCACAUCCUUCAACCGUUCUGCUCUCCUCCAUGCUAUGUGCACCCUCUAUUCCUUCAUUUUUGUUGUAGGCUUGGCCGCCAAUGCACUAGUAGUGUGGGUCAACUUGCGCUCGGAGCGUCAUAACCAUGACACACACUUGUAUAUAUUAAAUCUAGCAGUGGCUGACCUGUGUGUGGUCGCUACUCUCCCGGUGUGGGUGAGCUCGCUGGCACAGGGCGGUCACUGGCCGUUUGGCCAAGCGGCUUGUAAGCUCACACAUCUACUCUUCAGUGUCAACCUUUUCGCCAGCAUCUUCUUCCUGGCCUGCAUGAGUGUGGACCGGUAUCUUUCGGUGGUCCGCUCGGGGGAGAUUUCUCACAGACGAGGACGACAAAUACGACGUUUAGUGUGUGUGGUAACAUGGCUGCUUGCUUUAUUCGCCUCAAUACCUGACACAUACUUCCUGCAGUCCAUCAAAUCACUACACAGUCAUGUGACUUUGUGUCAUCCUGUAUAUCCACAGGACAACUCUUUGCAGUGGAUGGUGGGCAUUCAGCUGAGUUUUGUGGUUCUUGGUUUUGUCAUACCCUUCCCCGUUAUAGCAGUGUCCUAUGCACUGUUGGCAAACACUCUGGCUUCCUCUUCCUCUCAUUCCCCUUCAAAUGGCGACCAGGAUCGCAGCGUGAGCAGGAAGGUCAUCCUCAUGUACAUUGUGGUUUUCAUAGCUUGCUGGGCACCAUAUCAUGCUGUGCUGUUAGCCGAUGCGCUAGCAGUGUUAGGUGUGCUGCCGCUGGGCUGCAGUUUAGAGAAUGGCCUUUUUGUGGCGCUGCACCUUACGCAAUGUCUGUCACUGCUGCACUGCUGUGUGAACCCUGUUGUCUACAGCUUCGCUCACCGUCACUACCGUUAUGACCUCAUGAAAGCUUUCAUCUUCAAAUACUCCAAACGUACAGGGCUGGCGCGGCUCAUGGAGGGCUCUCAGGGCACCGAGACAGAGUAUGCAAUGGUGGAAAACACCUCUGCGACUGUGAGCUAGGACCCUCAAGACCGCCACCAUCAAGCCAUGCUCUGCACUGCUUCAAAACAUGAACUCCUCUGACAUGUUUUCCUGAAAUUUAGAUAAACUAAACUAAAUUAUUUUCAUCAAAAUUGCAGUAAAUUCUCAACAGUGACUCCAAAGAUUUUGAAUAAUUAAUUUGAAAUGUGCCAAAGACUGAUGGGAUUUUGUCAAAUCAGAACCUCUUUGAGAUGUUUUCCUGAAAUUCAGGUAAAAUUGACCACGUUCUGUCAAAAUUGCAGCAAAUGCUCAACAGUGACUCCAAAGAUACUAAUCAAUUCAUUUGGAAUGUUCCAAAGACUGAUAAUAUAUUUUAACAUCAGAACCAUGAACACUGAUACAAUGAAUUGAUUCCAAAUUAACUGGCAGCCUAAAUUUUACAAUUUUGAACCACUUUAGAGAAACAUGAUUUUAGGUAUAGCAUGUUACAGCUUGAUGCUGUAUCAUUCCAAAAAGAGAAUUCUCCAUAAUUGUCUAAUAAUGACAAUAAUGAUUUAUAAUAAAUAAAUAAAUAUAAAAAAAUACAAUAAAAUAAAGAAAUUGAAGCUGUAAAUAAAACAAA